UCCAUUAUGAUUUAUGAUCUUUCAGAAAAGGUUGUCAGUUUUGUCUGCCGCGGGCAAUCCUCCAAGUUAUUUGAAUUUUCUAUGCCUUUUUGUUAACUCGUUCUUAUUCGAUUGUCGUGGAAAGUCCUUCGCUUGCAAAUAAAGAAUUGUUUCUUUUGAAGCGGCCGUGUAAGUUACUCCUCUUUUUUUUAUUUCCGAGGAGAUCCCUCCAAACAGUGGUACAAAAUGAACAACACUUAGCUUGUAUUUAUUUGAGCUAUAUACAAGUAACAAAAAAACGCGGCACGCCACAUUUCUGUUACGCCGCGUUGGCGAGGCCAGGAGAAAUCUUCCGCCGUUAGGAGCUCCGUCACCCCCAUACCUGGUUAGUCCACAACUCGGUACAUUUUUUGGCUCGCACUGUCGCUCAAGCAUUGAACAUCGAAAUGUGCACCAUGGCUGAAAAAUCAGCAACAACAUAUGCUCACCCAGACUUUUGCAAUUCUCCCAUCGACUACUCGAUCCCAUCUUACUCCUACGUUGAGGAAGAAUCCCUGUCUCCGAUCAAGAACCGAGCGAGAAGUUGGUCAGAGGACGCCGAGGAUCUCCGCGUGGAUCGCGUCCGCCGGCGCAGCACUGGCAGCGUGGGUACGGCCAGUCAGCCCAGCCUGCGCCUCAGCUUGCACCGGUGCGGAGAGUGCCCGUACGCCACCAAGCGCCGCACCAACCUGGAGCGGCACCGGCAGGCCAUGCACAGCCGUGAUAAGCAACUGGAGUGCUGCGGGAGCCUCUUCAGCAGCAAGUCCGAGCUGCGGCGCCACGUACGGCACCAGCACGAGAGCGGGUACGGCUGCCUGCAGUGCGGACGCCUCUUCUGCCGCAAGGCGCUGCUCAAGCGCCACAUGAGCGUCCACAACGGAGUCAAAGAAUUCGCCUGCCGCAUCUGCAGCUACGCCAGCAGCCACAAGAGCAACCUGGAGCGCCACGAACGCGUGCACGACAAGCAAAAGCCGGAGCACACCAGAAGCCGGACCAAGGAGGCCGCCAUCUUGAAGGCUCAACAAGUGGUCCGUGACUACGUCCGGGAUCGCGAAGUGGACAAGAUCAUGACGCAUUUGAAUUCCUUAUACCACAAGAUGGCCGACGGGGGCACCGCGGAGAAGCAACUGAAGCACACCUCUCCUUCAACAAGUUUUACUCCUCUGGGCCCGAAACGCAUGUUCGCCAACCCCUACAAAUGCCUGCUGUGCAACCUGAGGUAUCAGAGCCAAGAGUCUCUCAAGAAACACGAGAGGGAGCUCCACCCGGACCUUGAAGUCCAGGCUUUCCUGUCUCUACCCAUGAAGCAGGUGUUGCACCUCAUGCGUCUGGCCGGGGUGAGAGUCGCUGUGGCAUCACAGUAAAAGUUUCCAGACUGAAACACUGCAUGGUGAAUUAACAAACCAUGGCCCUAGUUCAGUAAUACCGACUCAGGCUUGAUCUCGAUCGACUUGUUAUUCUAUUGCCAGCGUAUACAUAACACUUUACCUUUACAGCCAUGACUGAACGCAGUCGACGCUGAUUUAAAAAUGGUUUCAAAAUCUGCUCAUUGGUCAGCAAUAUUGUUCUUGUUGACCGAGUUUACCAAUGAAUCUAUCCUGAAUAAUAUUAAGGUGACUUUUUGUCCGCCUAUCAGAUUAUUUAAUGCCAUCCACCGUUUGUGAGUGACUGACCUAACUUUGAAAAAUUAUGAAUAGGCCUUUGGGAUCUCUCGCUAGUAAAACGCGAGUAAGGUAUUAUUUUGUAUAAUUUGAUUUAAAAAAAACCCACUAAUAUUCUACUUUAUAACUAUGGUAAAUAUAAUGUGUGUGGAAAUUUAUUCAAUCGUUCAACAAUCUUGACAAUAGGUGCAGCUUUUUUUCAUAUUAUUUGGUGAAGUUUUAACUUGUAUAAAAAUCUUUCUCAUUUUUCUAUCGGCAAAAUAUAAAGGACAAUUCAGUUAAUUUUAAAUUGCAGAACAUGUAAUACUGAAACUUUAGAACUGUAUUUUUGCAUAUGAUUUUGACAACUUUGUUUCAGAGGCUCUACAUUUGAUGAAAAAUUAUUUAUAAACAAGUGAUUAUUAUAAUUACUAAAAUGUGAGAUGAACAGUUUUAGCUUCAGAUGUACCUUUGUAUAUAUAUGCAUCAGAAUAAACGCACUGUUAGUAUCUGAAUAACGUGAUUAUUGAUAAACAGCAAAACCUUACAGUAGGCCGAUGUAGCGUGAAUUGAGGUCCGGACUCAUUAUUGCGCAUGCCUAAGCGAAGAUAUUGAGGUGAACGGUCACGUGAGAGGGUAUAACCAAUAAAAGGGUAAAUGA